AAUGUUGCAGCCGAAACGAAUCUUGAUUAUACUAGGCAGUCUGCUCCUGCUGGAGGCGGACACAACAACCAUCAAGUGGCAUAGCGCUGGUGCUCCAUUUGGAAGUCCUUCGGCCUGGUUGGAUAAUUAUUUGCCCUGUGUCCACGAUUUGGUUGUCUUUCCUGAGUACUAUCCGGCCAUAAUGCCGAUUCCGACUGAUGUAUCCGUUAGGGGUUUCAUGCUGCCACGUCAGGGAGCUUUGCUGCUUGCCGAGGAGUCGACCAUUAACUUGGUCACGGCAAAAGCAACUGGCAGAGGACUUAAUUCCGAUUGUGACAGCGAUGAACGUCGGGCGUAUUUAAAGCCGCCGAAGACGAGCAAAUGGUUUGAUCCCAGCAGCUGGAGUGUGCAGCCGGGAGUGGCAGGUGGAAGUAGCGUCAGUUUGUCCGCUGUGCCAGAGCUGGAACGGGUCCCCUGUGAUGAUGAGCACGUGGUGAUUUCCAGUAGCAAUGGCGCCCUCUCCUUUGAUCUGGAAAAUGUGCAGUAUCUGCGACUGGGACAGUUGGUCUUGGCUGGCUCAUCCAUAUCGAGGACCUAUUUGCAGGAGCUGAUGAGUCGGGAAUUGGGUCAGCUGCUCUUCCACAAUGCACAAGGUGUGAGUGUGGAAUAUUAUAGAGGUGAGCUCUGUGGCUGCCACAAGGACUACGAGCAUCUGAUCGAGCCAGUCUGUCGCAAUGUGGAAUCGCAAUGUGAACAACCGCAUUGUGUCUCCCCCAUUCGUCCCCUUGGCUCCUGUUGUUUCCUCUGCGGCGCUAUGAUGACUGUGUCGAGUCAAAACUGCAUGGCGGAGAAUCGACAAAGUCUACUUUCAUAUAUGAACAAGUUAAUUAACAGAGAUAAUCUGGCGGAUGAGCUGCAGGUGCAUGUGGAUUUUGUGGGUUCCAAGGAAUAUGGCAACUACCUGCAAGCUAUUAUUAUAGAUCGUGGCAGUUACAGUGGACGCAGCAUUGAGUUCACCCGUCGUUUGGAGGCACAACGGAAUGAGAGUUCAUUUCUGAGCACGGCGACCGGUCUGGAGGUGAAGUAUGCGGGUCAUCCGUAUAAUCCAAAUGUUACCUUCGCCUCGGUUCUCCUCAUACUCUUCUGUGUGGUGCUCGUGGGCGUUGUAUCGAUCAUUAUCUUGGCCCACUAUAUGCCUCAGAAUCCGUACCUGAAUCGCAUUCCCCAGUGGAUACACGAUCCCCGACGCUGGCGUUGGCACCACUUGGGAAUGCGUUUGCGUAGGAAUCUGCUCUUUAAUCGCUUUGAUGAUGCAUCUUCUGGUGCUCCAACUGCCGCCGGAAGUGCCGUUGAGCGUUUGCCCGUGAUUGGUUACGAUGCUGAGAGCGGAGAGGUGCGGGAACGCUCUUUCAAUAAUCCCAUGCUCGAGCAGGAGGAAAUGAUACCAACAACAGCGGAGAUGUCCCAGCCAAUUGUGAAGCCUGAAUCGUGUCCGAAUGUCUUGUCUCCCAAUGUGGAAACUGGUGAACUGGACAGCUGCAGCGGGGAGGAGCAGGAACUCACUGAAAUCAAUUUGGAAUCCUCCGAAGCGGAAAGCGAUUUCGAGGCGGAAACCAAAGAAUAAAUGAAUCCAUUUACUUUCUCAUAUUGACCUUUAUAGUACAGAAACUUUAAUUCUGGUCAAUGGAAACGUUUACAUUGAAAUAUUGUAAAUCACUUUUUUAAA